AGACUUUGACACCGUCAUCCCUACCCCUCUCAAUAGCCACUCAAGCUUUGUUAAAUCAGGAAAACAUGUGAAAUAGCCACCCAAGCACAACGGAUUCCUCCGAUCAUUCGCCUGUAUGACCGCCGUCGCUUACUUCCUUUCCCAACACCCUUCCAUCAUCACCUUCCGUUGGAGCCACAGCCAAUCAUGGGGCUCCACCUGGUCAUUCCUAGCCACCUCCAUCGCCGUGUACCUCACCCUCUCUUCCCUCUUUCACCUCUUUUUGUCCCUCCUCGUCAAACGUGGCAGGCCGGUCCCGCUCGGUCCAAUCCCGGCUCUCCAUAGCCUCAUCAUGUCAAUCGUCUCGGCCGUCAUCUUCACCGGAAUCCUCCUCUCCUCCGCCGCUGAAAUCAAGGAAACCAGAUGGUUCUGGCGCCGUUCCAAAACCCCAUUCCAAUGGCUCCUUUGUUUCCCUCUCGGAACCCGUCCCUCCGGCCGUGUCUUCUUCUGGUCCUACAUCUUUUACCUCUCUCGUUUCCUCCAUAUGUUCCGUACAUUCUUCAUAAUCUUCCGAACCCGAAGAUUAAUCUUUUUUCACCUUUUCAACAACUCCAUAUUGACGAUCAUGUCAUUUCUAUGGCUAGAGUUUUCACAGUCGUUUCAGGUUUUGGCGAUCCUGUUUACGACCCUGGUUUACUCUGUGGUUUAUGGCUAUAGAUUCUGGACGGGAAUAGGGUUACCAAGCGCUUGCUUUCCAUUCGUUUUGAAUUGCCAAAUCCUGUUGUUAGGCUUCAACCUGGUUUCCCAUGUCGGGGUUUUGGUGUUGCAUUUGGUGAAAGGUGGGUGCAAUGGGAUUGGAGCCUGGGUUUUGAACUCGGUUUUGAAUGGGGUUAUUUUGCUACUGUUUCUGAAGUUUUACGUUCAGAGCAGAAGAAAAUAUCGGAAACAAGCUGAGGAGAGGGCAAUUGUCAAAGACAAAGAUUUGAGAAAGCCACAGAUUCCUUUCUUACCAAAAUAGUUUUAUCAACAAACGUUAGUUUAAUCAAAUAAGAAAUUAAUGCAACUGUAGUUAAAAUUAGUAUUAUCUUUAUAUAUAUAAAAAAAAAAAGCAAAUAUAAUGGAUUAUUUUUAAUAGAGUUGUCCAGUGCUGUCUUGAAUUCUUUUACCAAAUAAUGAAACAAUCGAGAAAGGCAUAUCCUCUGCUGCCUCUUCAGUAAUCAGGAUGCUGCUGUUGCUAAAAUUGAUCGUUUUGGAAUCAUAAAGGGUCGGCAAGUGGAGGGAAGGACCUGAUCAGCUGAUCUCAUUGUCUGAAAAUGGUUGGACACUAAAAAAGUACACACAGACCACAAAUUUUCUUUGCAGUUUCUGACUACAGAUGGAAAGAUCUUGUAAGAGAAAUGCUGCCAUUACAAGUUCCAAUCUUCAGUGUGGAAGUUAAGGAUUUGAAGAUAAAAAGUGUGAAGUUGCAGUUUCCUGAAGUCUUGAAUUGAUUAAAGUUGAGCAGUUCAAGAAACAAUGGUAAGCGACCCUAUUUUGUAUUCAUGCCAACAAAUUGAUAUGUUCAAUUUAUUAAAAAAGAAAUUCCCUUGUUGUAGCUAAUUAACCUUUACUUUCUGUCAGCUUCAAAUAUAUUUAGAAUGCAUUUUAUUUUGAUUUGAUCUUUCUCCCAGACAAAGAAAAGGAAUGUAAC